AUGACAAUAAACAUUCAAAGAAUGGAAGAUUCAGCUGAAGAUAUUGUUUCAUCAAUUUGUUAUAACUCUCAAUCAGCUGACCCGGUUGAAGUACCGAAGAGUGCAGAGGAGUCAUCGCUCGCUAGAAUUGAUGAUAAUUAUGACUGUUCAUCAACACAACGAGACGUCACUCUUGCUGCCGAACCUGUAGCUGAAAGUUCAUCGACUACUUGUCUGGUAAAUGAAAAAUUGAAUAUCUCGCCAAGUUAUUCGCCUUUGGUUCAACUGAUUAGAAUAUCCCCCAGGAAUGCUGAGAAUUCUUCAGCUUUAGCUGUCAGAUCAAAACAUAGAGAACUAGAGGCAGCUUCAUUGAACUGCAAUUCUCAAACUCAAGAAGAUAGUGAUGAAAAUCGAGAACUUUGCGAGUACUGUAGUAAAUUAUUUGAUUCGACAGUUAUUGAUACAUCUGAUGAAGACCUGGGUCAGCUGAUUCGUCCAGUGAGUUUUGUAAAGAGGAAGGUGCAGUUCAUAAAGCAAACAACUGGAAUUUUGAUCGAGAAAUACAAUGGAGACAUUCCUCGUAACAUCAAAGAACUUUGUAGUCUUCCGGGCGUGGGUCCUAAGGUAGGACAUCUCGCGAUGUUGUCUGCCUGGAAUGAAGUAUCAGGAAUAGGAGUCGAUACCCACGUCCACAGAGUCUGCAACCGUCUGCACUGGGUUAAAAAACCUACAACCAUUCCCGAGGAAACGAGAAAACAAUUGGAGUCCUGGUUACCCCGAGACUUGUGGUCUGAAAUAAAUUUUCUGUUCGUUGGUUUCGGGCAGAAUUUUUGCUUGGGUCAAAACCCAAAGUGCGAUCAAUGUCUACUCAACAAAUCCUGCCCUUCUGCUAUCAAAAGUCCAACUAAAAAUAAGAAAGUUAAGAAAUAAAAUUUAUGUAUUAAAAAUAAACGAAAAAAAUCUAUUUUGAAUAAAAAAAAUACACGUGUAAUUUAAAUUAUUGAAAAGAUCCUUGAAUAAAAAGUAGACU